GAGGCUUGGCCGGCAGGGGCGGGGGCCGUGCAGCCGGGGACUUUCAGGAACUGCAGGAGCGGGCGGCGGCUGGAGUCGCCGAGCGCCCGGCGGCUGGGCCUGAGCGCCGAGACUCGCGGCCGCCGCGGAGCCGCCGCCCCCGCGCGGGGCCCAGCUGGAGCCGCCGCCCUCGUCCUCGCUCUCGCCCUCCCGGCUCGGGCCGACCAGCCGCGACGCGGGAGACGAGCCGGCCGUCCCGGGCCGGGGGACCCGCCCGCCAUGGCCACCAAGGCUCGGGUUAUGUACGACUUUGCUGCUGAACCUGGAAAUAAUGAACUGACAGUUAAUGAAGGAGAAAUCAUCACAAUUACGAACCCGGAUGUUGGUGGAGGAUGGCUGGAAGGAAGAAACAGCAAAGGAGAACGGGGGCUUGUUCCCACAGACUAUGUGGAAAUUUUACCCAGUGAUGGAAAAGAUCCAUUUUCUUGUGGAAAUUCAGUGGCUGACCAAGCCUUCCUCGAUUCCCUCUCAGCAAGUACAGCCCAAGCCAGCGCGGCAGCUGCCAACAGCAAUAACCAGGUCGGCAGUAGCAGUGACCCCUGGUCAGCCUGGAGUGCCUCCAAAUCCGGGAACUGGGAGAGCUCAGAUGGCUGGGGGGCCAAGCCAGACGGGGCUGGUGCCCAGAAAAACACUCCCAACAACUGGGACACGGCCUUUGGCCACCCCCAGGCCUACCAAGGUCCAGCAACUGGUGAUGACGAUGACUGGGAUGAAGACUGGGAUGACCCCAAGUCCUCCUCCCCUUACUUUAAGGAUUCAGAAUCAGCUGAAGCAGGAGGCAUUCAGCGGGGGAACAGUCGCGCUGGUGCGUCCUCCAUGAAGCUGCCGCUUAACAAAUUUCCUGGAUUUGCAAAACCUGGAACGGAACAGUAUUUGUUGGCCAAGCAACUAGCAAAACCCAAAGAGAAAAUUCCCAUCAUUGUUGGAGAUUAUGGCCCGAUGUGGGUUUAUCCUACCUCUACGUUUGACUGUGUGGUAGCAGACCCCAGGAAAGGCUCCAAGAUGUAUGGUCUGAAGAGCUACAUUGAAUAUCAGCUAACGCCUACUAACACUAACCGAUCGGUAAACCACAGGUAUAAGCACUUUGACUGGUUAUAUGAGCGGCUCCUGGUUAAGUUUGGAUCAGCCAUUCCAAUCCCUUCUCUUCCAGACAAACAGGUCACAGGCCGCUUUGAAGAGGAAUUUAUCAAAAUGCGCAUGGAGCGACUUCAGGCCUGGGUGACCAGAAUGUGCCGGCAUCCCGUCAUCUCAGAAAGUGAGCUUUUCCAGCAGUUCCUGAAUUUCCGAGAUGAGAAGGAAUGGAAAACUGGAAAGAGGAAGGCUGAGAAAGACGAGCUGGCAGGAGUGAUGAUAUUUUCCACCAUGGAACCAGAGGCACCUGACUUGGACUUAACAGAAAUAGAGCAGAAGUGCGAUGCCGUGGGGAAGUUCACCAAGGCCAUGGACGACGGCGUGAAGGAGCUGCUGACCGUGGGGCAGGAGCACUGGAAGCGGUGCACAGGACCGCUGCCCAAGGAAUAUCAGAAGAUAGGAAAGGCCUUGCAGAGCUUAGCAACAGUGUUUAGUUCUAGUGGCUAUCAAGGUGAAACAGACCUCAAUGAUGCAAUAACAGAAGCAGGGAAGACAUACGAAGAAAUCGCCAGUCUCGUGGCAGAACAGCCAAAGAAGGAUCUCCACUUCCUGAUGGAAUGUAACCACGAGUAUAAAGGUUUUCUCGGCUGCUUCCCGGAUAUCAUCGGCACCCACAAGGGAGCAAUAGAAAAAGUGAAAGAAAGUGAUAAACUAGUUGCAGCUAGCAAAAUCACCCCACAGGACAAACAGAACAUGGCAAAACGAGUCAGCACCAUGUCUUAUGCAUUGCAAGCUGAGAUGAAUCACUUCCACAGCAAUCGGAUCUACGACUACAACAGCGUCAUUCGCCUGUACCUGGAGCAGCAAGUGCAGUUCUACGAAACGAUUGCAGAAAAGCUGAGGCAGGCCCUCAGCCGCUUCCCGGUCAUGUAGAACAGGACUGAAGGUGAAGAAAACUCCGAAGUGCUUCUUUCCGACUUGGGGCAAUGCAAUUCAAAAUGUGUUUUUUUUCCCCCAUUAUCAAAAAAGGGAAAAAAAAAGGAAAGAAAGAAAAACAAAAAUAUUUGCAAAAAACCACAUUUAUUUUAUUAACCAGCCUAAAUGCCUCAGUUAUUUAGGGAUGGUCUUCUUUUGUUCUUUUCCAUAUCCAUUAUUUAAGCCAAUGGAAAUUAUCUCUAUUUUUGGAAAGUGCUUAAAGUUAUCAGAAUUUUGAAUGGAAAAUUAGGGGUUUCCCCCCACUGACUGAUAUUUUACAUAGAAUUGUAAUUUAUAAGUCACCUACAAUCUUCAACUUCUUACCUAAUGUCAGAUAAUUAAUUACUAAUUGCUUUCUUAAAAAUAUGAAAUAUGGCAGAAUAAAAAAAUAUAUAUGUAUAUUUUUAUAACUCUUUUCAGUCCUCUGGGCUCCUGUCCAUUUAGGGAGGUCUGCGUACCUUCACUGCCACAGUUACGGCUCCAGCGCUCACGUUUCAGGAGGGAGGAGGCAGGGGCUCCCUCGUGGUGCGGUGCGUGGCAGGGGGACCACUGCUCGGCAGAUGGGCAGAGCCACCAGCCCACCCAUUGCCCCGGGGGCGUUUCUGGCGCGUUGCUCUUACACUAGGACCAGUGCUCUUUGCACUUCUUCCUAAUUGUGGUUAAGGCAUAUUUCAUGCCAGAAAGAGUAAGUCAGGAAAAUUGGGGGGCUUUUAAAAAUUAUGUGGCCUUCCUCCCAGGGAGGAGUAGCUGUGCUGAUACCUGUGUGCAGGAGGGCUGUAGGGGAGGGAGCAAAGGCGACACCCUCUGGGCCCGAGACACUUCCCCUCUAUAUUCUUAGCUGUUCAUCAGACGCAAGGAGAAGUGCUGGUGACAGGUGGCACCUACUUGACUGAGGCUAGCAGGCCCGUGUGGUGUCAGACAAGAUAAAAAGCACAGUCUGGCCCCUCUGCCCCUCAUGCCCCCACCCCACGGAAAGUUCAGGGACUGAGAAGGGUGACAGCCUGAAUAGUGUGCAGGAUCCCCGGCUUCUUACACUGAAGAGAAAGUACAGACCGAUGGUCUUCCUGUGCCCCAAGCUCCAGACAGAGUUUUUCUGAGCACCAGGACUUCAGGUAAGGGCGUACAGGAAAACCGCACCUUGACACACCGUCAGCUUUAAAUCCCAGCACCCAGACACACCGUCUCUCCUGCGGACGCGCGUUCGCCUUCCACAGUUGCCUUACCACACUCUCUCUUACUGCUUUCGUGUUUCUGACCUAUUAUAUUAUAGAAAACGGAAAGUCCGGGCCAGCAUAAAUAAAAUGAAACCAAAAAAUUGGUAGAUGAGGAAAUCAAAUGAAGGUGAACACAGGAACGUCUUAUUCUUCAAUAUCACGGGUUUUCAUUAGUGUUUUACAAGUAAUUUUCCCCACUUGAUUUUUCUUUUAUAAAAUCCCAUAGAACAGUGUUUAUGAUACAGCCAUUUAAUAUAUGUACAAAUUGUAAAGAAUAUGUAUAAAUGUUUUACACAAAUGUAAAAGCAUGUAGAAGCCAACACAUAAAUAAAUUGUUUAAAAAAAACUGUACAGUAAAUUCUCAAAGCACUUUUUAAAAACA